CCGCUGACACUCGCGCCUGUACGGCUAUACGUGUAUUUCGUCCACACACGGACACGGAUGCGGUGCGUGCGUUCCCGAUCGUCUGAUAUAACUAUAUAAGUGAUAUUGUUAUAAUAAUAUAAUAGUGAUAGACAGAUAGAUGUCAUAAUAGCGUAGUCUUGCCUACAGCGGUAGUGUGAUGUGUGUUGUCAAACAAUAAUAGAAAAUUAGAAAUUAUUAGAAAAAUAAACUGCGUAAGCAUAUCGUCAAGGGUGUGGGUGGCCGCCACCUACUCGCGAACCGUUUCACGUCGAUAUCGUAAUCUGCACCUUGUCCCGGCAAACCGUGGGUAACGAGCGUCGAGUGAUACGUGUAAUUACGUUACAGUCGUUUUUCGAGUUUGCGAUCCGAUACAAUGGCAGCCGAGAGAGAAAUCGCCGCCGAGGACAGCAUCAAAGUCGUCUGUCGCUUCCGUCCGCUUAACGAUUCUGAAGAAAAAGCAGGGUCCAGGUUCGUCGUUAAGUUUCCCACUGGACCCGAUGAAAACUGCAUCACGAUCGGCGGAAAAGUUUAUUUAUUUGAUAAAGUCUUCAAGCCAAAUGCCAGUCAAGAUAAAGUUUAUGGUGAUGCAGCAAAGUCAAUUGUAUCAGAUGUACUUGCUGGUUAUAAUGGAACAAUUUUUGCAUACGGUCAAACGUCUUCUGGUAAAACACAUACUAUGGAGGGGGUCAUUGGUGAUCCAUCAAAACAAGGUAUUAUUCCACGGAUUGUCAAUGAUAUAUUUAACCAUAUUUAUGCAAUGGAAGAAAAUUUGGAGUUUCAUAUAAAGGUGUCUUAUUUUGAAAUUUAUAUGGACAAGAUUCGUGAUUUAUUAGAUGUAUCAAAAGUGAACUUAAGUGUUCAUGAAGACAAAAAUAGAGUUCCUUUCGUAAAAGGUGCUACUGAACGUUUUGUUUCUAGUCCGGAAGAAGUAUUUGCUGUUAUUGAAGAAGGCAAAGCCAACAGACAUAUAGCUGUGACAAACAUGAAUGAGCACAGUUCUAGAAGUCAUAGUGUGUUUUUGAUAAACGUGAAGCAAGAAAAUUUGGAAAAUGAAAAAAAGUUAUCUGGAAAACUUUAUCUUGUAGAUUUAGCUGGUAGUGAAAAAGUAAGCAAAACUGGUGCAGAAGGUACAGUAUUAGACGAAGCAAAAAAUAUUAACAAAUCAUUAUCAGCUUUGGGUAAUGUAAUAUCUGCAUUGGCCGAAGAUAAAAAAACACAUAUACCAUAUCGAGAUUCAAAACUAACACGUAUAUUACAAGAAUCAUUGGGUGGAAAUGCUCGUACUACAAUUAUAAUUUGCUGUUCUCCUGCAUCUUUCAAUGAGUCAGAAACAAAAUCAACUUUAGAUUUUGGUAGAAGAGCAAAAACAAUUAAGAAUGUUAUUACUGUCAAUGAAGAGUUAACGGCAGAAGAAUGGAAAAGACGUUAUGAAAAAGAAAAAGAAAAAUGUACACGUUAUAAAGCAAAGUGUGAUAAACUACAGACUGAACUUAAUCGUUGGAGGUGUGGAGAAACUGUAAAAGAAGAUGAACAAGUUAAUUUACAAGAGCCAAUGGAAGCAUCUACACCAAAUGUUCAAGUUGAUAUUAAAAAAGAAUUAGUGGUUGGACCAGUUCCUGCAAUACCAGGAGGCGUAAUGACUGAAUCCAUGUCAACAGAGGAAAGACAAAAACUUGAAGAAGAACGUGAAGCAUUAUAUCAGCAAUUGGACGAUAAAGAUGAAGAAAUAAAUCAACAAAGUCAAGACAUAGAAAAAUUAAAAGAACAAAUAAUGGAACAGGAAGAACUUCUAACAUCAACUCAAAGAGACUACGAGCAGUUACAACAAGAAAUGCAUAGAAUUACUCAAGAGAAUGAAAGUGCAAAAGAAGAAGUGAAAGAAGUUCUGCAAGCUCUUGAAGAACUUGCAGUUAAUUACGAUCAAAAAAGUCAAGAAGUUGAUGUAAAAAAUAAAGAAAACGAGACUCUUAUGGAAGAAUUAUCAAUAAAAGAAUCAUCUUUGAACUCAACAUCAUCUGAACUACAACAGUUAAAAGAUAUGUUCAUACAUCAGAAGAAACGUACAACAGACAUGUUAUCAAAUCUUCUAAAAGAUAUAGCUGAAAUUGGAGCAGCAAUUGGAAGUGAAGCUGAACUUAAUCAACAAGCUAUUAGUGAUGGGAAUAGCAAGCUGGAUGAAGAAUUUACUGUUGCUAGACUUUAUAUUAGUAAAAUGAAAUCUGAAGUAAAAAAUUUAGUUCAACGAUGCAAUUUCUUCGAAUUAAGUCAAACUGAUAUGAACAAAAAAGUUAGUGAUUAUGAGAAGGAACUUGGUGAAAGUCGUUUGAAAAUCUCACAAAAUGAGGCUCGCCUUAAAUCUAUGCAAGAAUCUUUAAGAGAAGCAGAAAAUAAGAAACGUACAUUAGAAGAAAAUAUUGAUGCGUUAAGAGAAGAGUUUGCAAAAAUGAAAGCAGCAGAACAAGUUCACAUUGUAUCAUCAUCGAAAGAAAAAGCAGAAGAAAAAGAGAAAGCUACUAGCAUGCGAGCUGCUCUUGAAACACAAAUGGACCAAUUACGAGAUGUCCAUCAUAAACAAGUUGCUGAUUUAAGAGAUGAGAUUAGUGAAAAACAAGCAUUAAUUGCAGAGCUUAAAGAUCAAGUUCAAAAAUAUUCUUUGGCACAACAACAACUGCAAACAGAUUACAAUAAACUAUUGCAAGAAGAUCAAGAAAAAAGUCAACGCCUUCAAGAAUAUGUUUUAGCCAAUGAGCGUCGUGAACAAGCACGUAAAGAUCUCAAAGGCUUGGAAGAUACUGUUACCAAAGAACUACAAACAUUACAUAACUUACGUAAAAUAUUUGUGCAAGAUUUACAAUCUCGCAUGAAAAAAUCAGCUACAGCUGAAGAUACAGAUGAAGCCAGUAGUGGAGGAACAUUAGCCCAAAGACAAAAAAUUAGUUUCCUGGAGAAUAAUUUAGAUCAACUUACCAAAGUCCACAAACAACUGGUCAGGGAUAAUGCAGAUCUACGAUGUGAAUUACCUAAAUUGGAAAAAAGAUUACGUGCUACAAUGGACCGUGUUAAGGCACUUGAAUCGGCAUUGAAAGAUGCUAAAGAAGGUGCCAUGAGGGAUAGGAAACGGUAUCAAUAUGAAGUAGAUCGUAUUAAAGAUGCAGUGAGACAAAAGAAUUUAGCUCGCAGAGGACCUAGUCCACAAAUUGCCAAACCAAUCAGAGCAGGACAACAUAAUAUUAUUUCAAUUAAUCGUAUUAGUGAAGAUGAACUAAAAAAACGUAAAGCUGCUGCUAUACCUGAGAUUGCUGAAAGUAGUUAAGAGCUUUUCUACAAUAAUUUACAUUUAUGCUCUUGCCAAACUGCAAGUGGUGGAAGUAUUUGAUACAAAUUGAAUUUAUAUUAUUUACAGAAAUAAUUUUUACUAUAUAAUUUUAGAAACCUAUUUAAUUAUCGCACCUUCUAUAAUAUUAAUAUAUACUUACUUACAUAUUUAUAUAUGCGAGUGUGUAUCAACUAUGCAACAGCCAUUUUCCUUCUCCUUGCACAUACCUUUAAAAAGCUGGAUUGAGUGGCUUUUGAAAUGUAUAAUGGUGCUGUUUAUCAUUCGCUUUCACAUUGUCUGUACUUAUAAAAAUCUAAAUAAUUUGAUUUUAAAUUCAUUUUACUCUCCACUACCAAAUUAUACUUGGCUUAUUUAUUUAUACAUAAAGUUUAGUGGAAAAUGAUAUCUAUUGUUUUUUUUUUUAAUUAAUUAAUUAUUUAACGUCUAAUUUUAUUUAUUUUAUGCAAAUGGCAUGUAUUUUUUUAGACGGCUGUUUGUGCAAUUAUGUCUUAUAUUUAUUUAUUAAACAUAUUUUCCUAUUUUUUUCAAACUUUGUUUAUUAACCAACAUUAAACAUAGGUUAUGGUUAUAUUGGAACUCCAAAUAAAAAAUUUUCACAUAGAUUUUACCAAAAUCAAACAUUUUAAAUAUCAAAUUGGUUUGUGUUUAUAACUUGAACAUAAUAAUAUAAUAUCUUUUUUUCAUGAAAUUUUCAAUGUGACAUAAUAAAUAAACAUUAGUGUCCAUUGUAGUAUUAAAAAAUUAUUUACAGCAGUUAUUUAUAAAUAUAAUUUCAUCUCAUAAUGUUUUUUUUAUACUGUUACAUUCAUAUAAUAACUUUAUGUAUACACAAAACUUCAAGUUUAAAGAUCAAAAUAACAUACAGAAAGAUUUCCGUGUUUCAAAAAUAUUUCCCUUAAUAAACAGCAAACAAUGAAAAAAGAUAACACUUGAGGAAUGUUGAUUUGAUCCUUAUAGUUUGAUUUUAGUCAAAACACCACAUAAAUAAAUCAUUUUUGCUCAGAAAUCUAAUAUCGUGUAUUGUAAUAUUUAAUUAUGAAAUUGGUUUCAUGUAUCUAAAUAUCAUUAAAAUACAUUCCAUUAAACUAUAAUUAUUAGCAGAACUUAAAUCAAUAUAUUAGGGAUGACCAACAGGUUACCUGCAAAUUGUGCUGUCUAUUUUUUAUUGUUUUAUUUUUUUAUAAUGUUAAAAUUAAAAAUAAUAUCUUGAAACAUA